AUAAAGGUACGCCGUUAUACGCCAUGAUAACUGUUGGCGGAGUGUAGCUUCAAAAGUGUUAGUGGGCAUGCGCGCGGUUCAACAGCGCCUACAGAAAUCCUAACGGGAAUGUAACCCAAACCGGAAGUGGCCUAGAGCGGCCAUUUAGCUUCUGUUGUUAAGUGGAUCUAAGCCUAUGUCGCUUACUGGACGCUGAAGUGAUUGGGAAUAUUAGCAGUGGGGGUUCUGUAGGGUCAGGAAGGGGCGGCUGGCUUUGGACUGAGUAACCUUCAGGCAAAUUAUGUAACAGCACACAGCCUCAUUAUCCUCAUCCUCAAAAUGGGCUUCUGCAGAACCCCCAGGUCAGGCCACAUCAUUGAGGCUGCAGGAUCUCUCUUCAUAGCCCAGCACGACUCUCCACAGUGUCCCUGGUUGGAAAAUCCAAACACCUAUCCAGCUUCUGGCUCCUGGGAAAAGUGGAGUUGUCAGCAAGAGAGACCAAGAGUAGAAGCCCGGAGUGGAGAUGCCUGCUGAUGUGAAUUUAUCCCAGAAGCCUCAGGUCCUGGGUCCAGAGAAGCAGGAUGGAUCUUGCGAGGCAUCAGUGUCAUUUGAGGACGUGACCGUGGACUUCAGCAGGGAGGAGUGGCAGCAACUGGACCCUGCCCAGAGAUGCCUGUACCGGGAUGUGAUGCUGGAGCUCUAUAGCCACCUCUUCUCAGUGGGGUAUCACAUUCCCAACCCAGAGGUCAUCUUCAGAAUGCCAAAAGAAAAGGAGCCACGUGUGGAGGAGGCUGAAGUCUCACAUCAGAGGUGUCAAGAAAGGGAGUUUGGGCUUGAAAUCCCACAAAAGGAGAUUUCUAAGAAAGCUUCAUUUCAAAAGGAUAUGGUAGGUGAGUUCACAAGAGAUGGUUCGUGGUGUUCCAUUUUAGAAGAACUGAGGCUGGAUGCUGACCGCACAAAGAAAGAUGAGCAAAAUCAAAUUCAACCCAUGAGUCACAGUGCUUUCUUCAACAAGAAAACAUUGAACACAGAAAGCAAUUGUGAAUAUAAGGACCCUGGGGAAAUGAUUCACACGAGGCCCCACUUUGCUUCUUCACAGAAACAACCUCAGAAAUGUUGCUUAUUUACAAAAAGUUUGAAGCUGAACCUAGAAGUGAACGGUCAGAAUGAAAGCAAUGACACAGAACAGCUUGAUGACGUUGUUGGGUCUGGUCAGCUAUUCAGCCAUAGCUCUUCCGAUGCCUGCAGCAAGAAUAUUCAUACAGGAGAGACAUUUUGCAAAGGUAACCAGUGUAGAAAAGUCUGUGGCCAUAAACAGUCACUCACGCAACAUCAAAUUCAUACUCAGAAGAAACCAGAUGGAUGUUCUGAAUGUGGGGGGAACUUCACCCAGAAGUCACACCUCUUUGCCCAACAGAGAAUUCAUAGUGUAGGAAACCUCCAUGAAUGUGGCAAAUGUGGAAAAGCCUUCAUGCCACAACUAAAACUCAGUGUAUAUCUGACAGAUCAUACAGGUGAUAUACCCUGUAUAUGCAAGGAAUGUGGGAAGGUCUUUAUUCGGAGAUCAGAAUUGGUUACGCACCAGAAAACACACACUAGAAAGAAGCCCUAUAAAUGCCAUGACUGUGGAAAAGCCUUUUUCCAGAUGUUAUCUCUCUUCAGACAUCAGAGAACUCACAGUAGAGAAAAACUCUAUGAAUGCAGUGAAUGUGGCAAAGGCUUCUCCCAAAACUCAACCCUCAUUAUACAUCAGAAAAUUCAUACUGGUGAGAGACAGUAUGCAUGCAGUGAAUGUGGGAAAGCCUUUACCCAGAAGUCAACACUCAGCUUGCACCAGAGAAUCCACUCAGGGCAGAAGUCCUAUGUGUGUAUUGAAUGCGGGCAGGCCUUCAUCCAGAAGGCACACCUGAUUGUCCAUCAAAGAAGCCACACAGGAGAAAAACCUUAUCAGUGCCACAACUGUGGGAAAUCCUUCAUUUCCAAGUCACAGCUUGAUAUACAUCAUCGAAUUCAUACAGGGGAGAAACCUUAUGAAUGCAGUGACUGUGGAAAAACCUUCACCCAAAAGUCACACCUGAAUAUACACCAGAAAAUUCAUACUGGAGAAAGACACCAUGUAUGCAGUGAAUGUGGGAAAGCCUUCAACCAGAAGUCAAUACUCAGCAUGCAUCAGAGAAUUCACACCGGAGAGAAGCCUUACAAAUGCAGUGAGUGUGGGAAAGCCUUCACUUCUAAGUCUCAAUUCAAAGAGCAUCAGCGAAUUCACACGGGUGAGAAACCCUAUGUGUGCACUGAAUGUGGGAAGGCCUUCAACGGCAGGUCAAAUUUCCAUAAACAUCAAAUAACUCACACUAGAGAGAGGCCUUUUGUCUGUUACAAAUGUGGGAAGGCUUUUGUCCAGAAAUCAGAGUUGAUUACCCAUCAAAGAACUCACAUGGGAGAGAAACCCUAUGAAUGCCUUGACUGUGGGAAAUCGUUCAGUAAGAAACCACAACUCAAGGUGCAUCAGCGAAUUCACACAGGAGAAAGACCUUAUGUGUGUUCUGCAUGUGGAAAGGCCUUCAACAACAGGUCAAACUUCAAUAAACACCAAACAACUCAUACCAGAGACAAAUCUUACAAAUGCAGUUAUUCUGUGAAAGGCCUUACCAAGCAAUGAAUUCCUAGUGCAUCAGCAUAUUCAUAAAUGAAAUAUACUCCGAGUUUCUUGAAGAAGAGAAAAUCUUCUCAGAAUCAGGUCUAAUUAUAGGUUAUUGAAUUCAUGCUUCAGAAAAACUCUAGGGAUGCACUGCAUGUGUGAACACAUGACAAAAAAGUCAUGCUUUAUUUUAGUGAGGGCAAUUACAGAGAAAAGAGUAAGCAGAAAUGUCCUUCUGAGUACUGGCCUCAUUAAGGAUUAUAAAUUUUCUCCCCGGGAAGAAACCCUGACUAAUGCAUUGAGAAAAGCCUUUCUGUAAAGAAUGGUACAAGACAGGUUGUUACUCGAUUAUUUAUAGUAAAAUGUGUGGGAAAUUAUAUCAAUGAUAACCCUGUUUAUUGUGGGAUAUCAAUAUUUUUAAAGUGCCAACAGAGUCAUGAUAGGACAAUAUUUUAUCUGUGUGUGUGUGCCUUAUGUAUAUAAGCAUAUAUAUAAUAUAUAAGCAUAUUAUUAUAUACAGGUUGAGUAUCCCUUCUCCAAAAUGCCUGGGAUCAGAAGUGUUUUGGAUUUCAGAUACUUACAGAUUUUGGAAUAUUUGCAUUAUAUUUAUUGGUUGAGUAUCCCUAAUCUGAAAAUCCAAGAUUAAAUGCUCCAAUUAGCAUUUCCUUUGAGCGUUAUGUUAGAGUUCAAAAAAGUUUCAGAUUUUGGGUUUUCAGAUUAGGAAUACCCAACCUGUAUGUACGUAUAUUUCUGUAUCUAUGUUUGUAUAUAUAUGCAUAUGCAGACAUACGUAUAUGGUCUGGUCAGCAUAUGUGUAUGUAUGCGUAUGUAUGUAUGUAUGCCCUCAGUGCAGUGGGGUUUGCUGCAGAAUUCACUGCAUAGCAGGAGAUGUAAGUAGAUGAGUUAUUUUUUAAGAGAAUCUAAUCUAAUUGUUUUUAUAAAAAUUAUUCCCUAUUGAAUAUUUAUAUAAUGAGGUUGUAUCAACAAUGAUUAACUCCUUUAUUAUACAUACACAUGAAUGUGCAUUUUUGGUAAAUGCAUAAAUGAGAUUCUAUAAUGUUUACUGAUCUUUAUAUUACAGAUUUUCUCUUCUUUUAGGAUUAGCUCAGCUUGCCCCCCCUUUCCAUCUCCACCAUCUAUAGUGAGCCUCUCCAUAAUUAGUGCCAACCAUUAGUCUCGUUCAUAUUUUUACACAGGCCCCUAAACAUACACACCAGGAGUCAACAAACUGUGGCCAUUGGCCAAAUAUGGCCUCCCAACUGUUUUUUUAAAAUAAAGUUUUAUUGGAACACA